GUUUUCCUCGGGUUUUUGAAUACAACAAAGGAAAAAUGGAAAAUGAAUUUUAUGAGAAAAAGUACAACUCAAAUUUUUAAAACAUAAUUAAAAUUUCACACAGGUCAUAACCGUCUUCUAUUAAGUUUUGACUGUGCAAUGUGAAAAAUUGUGCACGAAAUCAAGGUGAAAGUGCAAUGAAAUCCCUGCUUCUAUUUUGGCAAUGCUCCUAAUGUCCCCCAAGUCCCCUAUGGACAAAAAUGGCGGCCGAAUUUGAAAGCGAACAGUUUUCUCACUCCGAGUUUAUGGCUUUGGCAUUAAAUAUUAUUUCGGAGAUUGUAAAAGAUCCUUUGCUAAAUGACCUACACAGUGAGCCGAGUGUUGAAGAAGUAAAUUCUCAAAUAGCGCUGGAGCAUGGACGAGCUAUUGUCGUUAAUGUAGUUCAACAAAACAAAGAGAAGUCAGUUCUACCUGUUGUGGUUCCAUCGACUGCCAAAGUAAAGGAUUUAAAAGCUAUUCAAAGGCAUGUUACACUUAAACAAACGAGAGAAAGAGGAACAACAUACAUAAGUUGGAGAUAUGUAUGGAAAACAUAUUGGUUGAUAUAUGAGGGAGAGAAAUUGACUGAUAAUGAGAAAACAAUAAAGGAUUAUGGCAUCAAAAACAAAGCUAUAUUGACAUUUGGAAAAAGGCUUCGACGUAAAUAAAAGGUUUAUUGCAUGAGUGAGAAAAUAUGCUUGGAUGACUUGAUUAGGUCAUUUGCAAAUGAUAAACAAAUAUAUAAAUUACCAAGCUAAUAAUGAGGGGGCAAACUAAUGAAAUUAAGACAGACAGUGAUAUACUCCACCAUAUCUAGUCACAUGCACUACCAAAAGCAUUGCCAAUUGAAGUAAUUUAUGUGGCGCAGAAUUAUAAAAUGUUUACAUUACAAA